AUUCCUCCCCUGGCUGACCUAAAGGAGCGUCGUUCCCGUUCACUCCAGCCGCAGCACCAUUGUGGCUAAGGUCACAAUCUCUUUCUAGUUCUUCAGGAAAUUUGUUUCCGAUGGGUGUACCGUCGUUCUACAAAUGGUUAAUUGAAAGGUAUCCGUUGAUUCUACAAGAAGUCAUUGAAGAAGAACCACUCGAGGUUAAUGGCGGCGUCACGAUCCCAGUCGAUACAAGCAAACCAAAUCCUAAUGGUUACGAGUAUGACAAUCUCUAUCUCGACAUGAACGGAAUCAUCCAUCCAUGUUUCCAUCCUGAAGACAAGCCUUCUCCUACUACGUUUACGCAAGUGUUUCAAUGUAUGUUCGAUUACAUUGAUAGGCUUUUUGUGAUGGUUCGGCCUCGGAAGCUCUUAUUCAUGGCUAUCGAUGGUGUUGCUCCAAGGGCUAAAAUGAAUCAGCAGAGAGCUAGGCGGUUUAGAGCAGCAAAAGAUGCAGCUGAAGCAGCAGCUGAAGAAGAGCAGCUGCGGCAAGAGUUUGAGAGAGAAGGGAAGAAGUUGCCUCGUAAAGUGGAUUCUCAAGUUUUUGACUCUAAUGUUAUAACUCCUGGAACAGAGUUCAUGUCUACCCUGUCGUUUGCGUUGCGAUACUACAUUCACAUUCGACUAAAUUCUGAUCCUGGAUGGAAAAAUAUUAAGGUUAUACUCUCGGAUGCUAAUGUUCCUGGUGAGGGGGAACACAAGAUCAUGUCAUACAUACGUUGUAAUAAGAACCAUCCUGGUUAUAACCCAAACACUCAUCAUUGUCUAUACGGUUUGGACGCUGAUCUGAUCAUGCUGUCUUUGGCCACCCACGAAAUUCAUUUUUCAAUCCUUCGUGAGGUUGUUUUCUUUCCUGGAGAGCAAGACAAAUGCUUCUUGUGUGGUCAGAUGGGGCACCGAGCAGCAGAUUGUGAGGGCAAGAUAAAGAGGAAGGCAGGAGAAAUGCUUGAUAACACCGAGCCAGAUGUUGCGGUGAAAAAGCCAUAUGAGUUUGUCAAUAUUUGGAUACUUCGAGAGUAUUUGGAACACGACAUGCAGAAACCAAACAAGCGAUCGAAAAAAAAUUUGGACCGCUUGAUUGAUGACUUCAUCUUCAUCUGUUUUUUCGUUGGGAAUGAUUUCCUGCCACAUAUGCCUACGCUAGAAAUACGAGAGGGUGCUAUAGAAUUGCUGAUGUCCGUGUAUAGGAGUCGCUUCAGUUCAGCAAAAAAAUACUUAACGGAUGCAAGCAAGCUGAACUUAAGUAAUGUGGAGCGUUUCAUCCAGGCCGUUGGGAUGUAUGAAAAUAAAAUAUUUCUGAAAAGAGAGCUAGUACAUCAGAGGCAAUCAGAAAGGUUUUGUCGUGACAAAGCUCGUAACAGUGCUCAAGCAAGCAGACAAAUCUCUGGCAAGUUGGUGCAAUUAGAUUCUGUAGAUGAAGUGUCUGAUUCAUUGCAUUCCUCACCACCAAAAAAAUAUUUGCGUCUGUCUUCGGAUGAUAACAUUGGUGUGACGAAUGUUAAAACAGAAAAUAGCAUCAAAACAGAAGAACUAGAUAACGGAGAAGACUUAAAGUUUAAGCUUAAGAAACUGUUGCGGAACAAAGCUGAUGUGUUCAGCUCAGGAAAUGGAGAACAAGAUAAGGUUAGGCUAGGUGUAUCAGGAUGGAGGGAGAGAUACUACGAAGAGAAAUUCACAGCUAAGUCUGUUGAGGAAAUGGAACAAAUACGUAGAGAUGUUGUUUUGAAGUAUACAGAAGGUCUUUGUUGGAUAAUGCAUAAUUAUUAUCAUGGUGUUUGUUCCUGGAAAUGGUUUUAUCCAUAUCAUUAUGCACCUUUCGCAUCAGAUCUCAAGGGCCUUGAUAGGCUAGAUAUCAAGUUUGAACUAGGUUCCCCGUUUAAACCUUUCAAUCAGCUUUUGUCUGUUCUUCCAUCUGCAAGUGCACAUGCACUCCCAGAGUGCUAUAGGACAUUAAUGACAGAUCCAGACUCUGCUAUAGCUGAUUUUUAUCCUGUCGAUUUUGAGAUUGAUAUGAAUGGAAAACGCUAUUCGUGGCAGGGUAUAGCGAAACUGCCUUUUGUUGAUGAAAGGCGUCUUCUGGAGACAGUUGCACUAGUGGAGAAAUCACUGACGACCGAAGAAAUUCGAAGAAACAGUGUGCUAUUUGACAUGCUCUUUGUGGUUGCAUCUCAUCCUCUUGCUGAACUCAUCCGUUCUCUUAAUAGCCAUACCAAAAACUUGAGCAGUGAAGAACGAGCAACUAUCAAGGAGAAAAUUGACCCUGGACUAAGUGAUGGGAUGAAUGGUUACAUAGCUUCAUGUGGUGGAGAUAGUCAGCCUCUAUGUUUCAGCUCCCCUGUUGAGGGCAUGGAAGAUGUUUUAGCCAAUCAAGUCAUUUGUGCCAUAUAUAAACUUCCAGAAGAUAUCAGAGGCAGUGAGAUCACUCAUCAAAUUCCAAGUUUGGUAAUCCCUAAAAAGACUAUAAAUCUAGUGGAUUUGAAAGGUGAAGGUCUUCUAUGGCAUGAAGAUGGUGACAAAAGACGAGCUCCUGCAAGGAUUAUAAAAACCAAGAGGUAUAAUCCAGAAGGAUCUAUUUCCGGGGAUAGGCUUGGGAAGGCAGCACACAGACUUGUGUUGCAAACAGUAAAUGCCCAGCCUGAUAAUGCGCACAUUAAUACGGAACCAGCAUUGUGUCCAAAUACUGUUUUCCAGAACCAAAGAGCGUCGGAAAAAAUCCCAGCCUUUGAAGAAAAUAAGAUCCAAUGGGUAAGCCCUCAGAGUCAAAUCACUCCAAAGAAGAUGAAAAGCCCUCAGAGUCAAAACACUUGGAAGAAAAAGAGAAGCUCUAAGAGGCUAGAAGAUUUGAAGAAGAAAAACCCUCUGAGUGUAAUCCCUCUGAAGAUGAAGAAAAGUAAAACCCCUCGGGGGAAGAAGAAGGAAAACCAAAUCCCUCAAACUAAACCCACUAAGAAGCAGAGGCGGGCAAUACACCUACGCAUGGUGGAAGAGGCGAGAAAGAGAAAAGAGCAGAAAAAAAUAAAGAUAGCCAAAAAGGCGCAAAUCGUUCCCAAAACGCUUGAGCUUCGAUCCAGAACGCUUCCUCGAUCAUCUUCAACAAGAUGAUAAAAUAUGAUCUUGAAAACAAAGGAAGGAGCUAUUCGGAUAAUGCCUUUAUGUGAUAAGUUAAUUUGUUACAAUUAGUUAAUUUGUUACACCCAAACAGUUUUGAUACUCAUUUGUAUUUCAGACAAAUGUGAUUUAGCCAUCAUUACAUAUGUAUCUUUUGUUCCAGAGGCUACCUAAAGAAGCCAAAGCAGGCAUCCACUAUACUUGUGUAAGUUAAAUCAUUUAAAUUCCCUGGUUUGAGUUUGUUAUAGGUCAACUAGGUAUCUUGUUUGAAGAACAA